AUGGCUGAAGAUAAGGGCGAAGGUGCUGAAGAUGUGGAUACUAUUGGUAUAUACGUAGGAGGCAGAAAUGCAGAUGGAGAUAGGCACGGCGAAGGUUGGGCUGUUUUACCCAACGGAGAUUUCUAUCAAGGUUGCUAUUGUAGAGGAAUGAGGAGUGGAAAAGGCCUUUACGUGUUUAAGAACGGAGCACGUUACGAAGGCGAAUGGCGUAAAGCAAUGAAGUACGGUGUAGGUCAUAUGACGUACCCCGACGGGUCACGAUACGAGGGUGACUGGAGACAUGACCUCAAGCACGGCUUCGGUGCUUACUACUACCCUAACGGCGACAUCUAUGAAGGUGCUUGGUUUAAGGGAAAACGACACGGACUUGGGACUUAUUUUAUUGCAGAGUAUCAGAUAAAAUUCAUGGGAACCUGGGUGGAAGGUGUGAUUGAGGGUCCGGGGCAGAUCAUAUACCCUCGUGUAAGAUACCACGGCUCGUGGCUGAGAGGGAAACCGAAAGGACCAGGCUGUUUUGUUUUUGACACGAAUUGCAUGCAGCAUGGCUUUUAUUUGCUUACAAAAGACCCAGAUCUAGAAGAAUUUGGUGAGGGCGAAGAAGAAAAAGAGGAAAAGGAAAUAAAAGAAGAAAGAUUGGGAGAAGGAGAGGAGGAGGAGGAAAUUGAUGAGACAUUAGGCAAAAUUUCCGUAUGGAGAGCUCGCAAUAUAACAGCAUACAUGUCAGAGUUUCUGCCUCCCGAGCCCGUUCCGUUGCCCAUACAUGAUUCAAUACCAUCGCUGACCGAUGAAAGUAUUGAGACGGAUAUAAUUAAAUUUGAAGCACCGUCGGUCACUGCUGAGGAAGGUGGAGGGGAUACAGACUCCUGGCUUCUACAUCGACAACAGUUUAUAGAAGAAACUGUUAAAGAACCAGUUACAGACUAA